AUGCUUCAGAGAUCUGAGUUACAACGGUCUUUCAGGACCCAUCCCUUCUUCCAUUGGCAAGUUAAGCCAGCUAUGCUACUUGUGAGUGCCAUCAACAUGCCUUGUGCUCCUCUGAUAACACUUCACUUCAUUGCCCCACGUACUGCUGUUACACUCAAGUCAGAGCUUAGUUCCCCGCACCAUGCUUCCUCACGUCAUGCUUCCUCACGUCAUGCUUCCUCACACCAUGGUUUCAAUCCAAUGCGUGCACUCGAGUUUGUGCAGGGCACUCAAGUGGAACAGCCUCACAGGGCCUAUUCCCAAUGCGUUGCAAAGUCUUACCAACCUGCAGUACUUGUCAGUGCUUUCCGAGUCUCAUAG